UCGAAUUCAGCAAUAUGCGGUUUGAGAACGGAACCACUGCUUCUUCAUGUCCGGAUUGGAACCAGAUAGAGUGUGGAUAUGAUUAGACUUCGUGCUGAUGAUACUUAUGGAACUGUACUUGUCGUCAUGUUUUCCAUCCUCUUCGGCGCAAGUCAUAGUGUGAACUCCUUCUCCUCACGAAACCCCACUGGAUGCCGUAGCCAGUGCAGGAAGGAUCCGCCACGAUGUACCCUCUACCAUUUGUACUUACCGUUCUCUUAUUGGCAGGCCAAUCUCUGGCUGCCAUCAAAAUCAUGGCACUUGGCGACUCGAUUACCGGCAGCCCAGGCUGCUGGCGCGCGCUCCUCUACCGCAAGCUCCAAACCGCCGGACUGACGACGAACACCGACUUCGUCGGCACCCUGCAACCCGACGGCUGCGGCUUCACGUACGACGGCCAACAUGAGGGCCACGCGAGCAUGUUCGCGACGAACAUCGCGAGCCAGAACCUGCUGACGGGAUGGCUCGCCGCGACGAAGCCGGACGUGGUCAUGAUGCAUCUGGGGACGAACGACGUGUGGAGUGCAAAGAGCCCGACGGAGCUGUUGGGGGCGUAUGCGACGUUGGUGAAGCAGAUGCGGGCAAGCAAUAGUCGGAUGAAGAUACUGGUUGCACAAAUCAUCCCGCUGAAUCCGCGGGAAACGAGCCCGUGCGCCGAAUGUCCGCAGCGAGUCGUCGCGUUGGAUCAGGCGAUCCCGCAGUGGGCCGCGGGGUUGAAUAGCACCGAGUCCCCGAUUACCGUGGUGGAUUGCUACACGGGGUUCAAUCCGGCGACGGACACGGGUGAUGGCGUCCACCCGAAUGAAGCGGGCAAUGAGAAGCUUGCAGAUGCCUGGUUUGCGCCGCUGGCGAGCGUCAUCAGGACGUUUGGGGAAGGGUCGUAACGCGCAAUAUCAUGAGAAUAGCCAGCAGACUGAUGCAUUAAAAAUGAGAAGAAGAGUCCCCUGGAAUUUGCCUAUCGUCACCGAGGGGCCAGGACUCCGUAAAUACAACCCAAAGGCCCCCCAGACGGCCCCCAAGACGCUGCAAUGCAGCUACAUGUCGUCAAUUAUAUGCGAAUAUAUACCACCCAAGCUUCCCA